AUGAGCAUAUGCGUGUAUACGUUUACUCCAAUUUGCUGGUUACUUUUGCUCCAUUCCGUGUCUUUUCCAUAUUUUAUUACAUAUUUAUGUCAUCAAUGGAAAAAGAUCGGAAUCCUACGAAUAAAAGUGCUAGAAAAAAGGUGUUCAGGUGCAAUGUGAAGGGAUGCAUGGCCAAAUCGUCCAACAGUGAUGGAUUGAGUUACCAUGCUCUUCCAAAUAGAAAUCGAUUAUUUGUGAAACGAUUGGAUACUGGUGAAAAAGUAACCAUUGAUCGUUAUGAACAAUGGAAAUCAAGGUCUAAAAUUGAUAAAGUAAACUCAGCAACAAGGAUUUGUAGCUUACAUUUCACACGAGAAGAUUUCUCGUUGCCUGAUUUUGGAAGUAAACGGAUUACAUUGAAUUCAUAUGCAUUGCCAAGUCGGAAUUUGCCAACAAGUGAUGAAAGAUUACAGGCCAAUGAGACAUGCCCCGCCACAAAAAUUGAAUUCCAUCGAGAUAAGGAAAAGGACGAUUAUCAGUCUCCUGGAAGUGAAGGCAGUACCUCUAAAUUUCAGGUGGAAACGUUGAUCACAGACACUAUUGAUGCGAGGAAAAAUCUGUUGGGAGUAUUUGAAGACAUUGCGGAGGGAAUGGAUACUAUUAUUAGAAAUGUUUCUUGUGGAAAAGAAAACUGCAUCGACCGUCCACCGGCAGUUGCGACGGACGAUGACUUUGCAGAGGAGAGAUCGAUUGAAGAUCUACAAACAACAAAAUCAGUAUCCCAUGCAGCUCUUGAGUGUCAAGAUGAAUUCACCCAAACUUCAUCUGAAUUCGAGGAUAAAAAUACGCAAACAACAUCUUUAGAGAGUACAGAGAAAGGUGUUCAAGUUCAAAGUGGAGAUAUCUUGAUGCCGUUCUCGAUGUGUAUAAUGACUGAUCGUCACUUGAAUGUAAUGUGUGGUAUCCGGAACCAUGCAAUUCUAAACGAAUUAGUCGCACUAAUCUCUGAGUUAUACCCAGAAGUUAGGGCUCACAAGAUGACAUUGAAAGAUCGCGUAAUUUUGACGACAAUGAAAUUGAAAUUGAAUUUACCAUUUUCGGAUCUGGCCAUUAUGUUCAAAAGUGUUGAAGAACCAACCUGUCGAAGAAUUUUCCAUAGCAUGUUGCCAAAAUUAUCUGAGAUACUUAAAUGUACGAUUCGAUGGGUCUCUAGAGAGGAAAUUCGGAGGAAUAUUCCAAAAUGUUUCCAACAUUUCCAAAACACUAGGGUAAUCGUAGACUGCACUGAAUUUAGAGUUCACAAACCGAAAUGUUUACAGUGUCGAAUAAAAUUUUAUUCCCAAUACAAAUCGAAUUUCACAGCCAAGUUCAUGACAGGGGUGAGUCCAGGAGGCAUGUUAACAUUUUUGAGCGAAGGUUACGGUGGACGAGCCUCUGACAAAGCGAUAUUUCAACAAAGUAAUAUUAUUGAUUUAGUAGAGAAGGGUGAUGCUGUGAUGACCGAUAAGGGCUUUCAAAUUGAAGAUCUUUGUAUGAAUCGAGGCGUUCAAUUAUUCAUACCACCAUUUUUAAAACAGAAGAAACAAUUGUCUCCAGCCGAAGCUAUUUAUAAUCGUUUUAUUGCUGCAGCUCGAGUUCACGUCGAACGCAUGAAUCAAAGAAUUCGAGAUUUUGGAAUACUUCAGAGUACAAUCCCAUGGAAUUUGAUUGCAAGUACUGAUGAUAUUGUCAAUGUAUGUGCAGGGUUGGCUAAUUUAGGUACACCGAUCAUGGCAUUUGAUAAAUUUAUUUGA